GCUCCAGAGUCCAGACCUCCAGUCUUCUCCAAAUUUGUUGCAAACCCACGCGCGAAUCUUGAAGCAAAUCUCACGGUCCAUGCCUCUCGAAUCUACGGCCACCAGCUUAAGCUCAUAGCGCCGACACGCGGGCAGAGAACCGCCGCCGGGCAGAGGCAAAGGGGAGAAAGUGCAGGCGACGGCGACCCAUCUCAACUGCUCCUAGAAAGGAUGGCCGCCGCCGCCUCGUUGGCAAGCCCUCUCCGGCGAGUCCUUCACGUCCCUUACGCACGCCGCGCUAUCCCCACGUCUUACCACUUCUUCCCCAGAGGACGGUGUCACGCGGCUCUCUCCUUCACCGCGGAUGCAGCAAGAGACUCGGCGGUUAAGGGGAGCGUGGAUAGGAACGUAGCCGAGGAAGUCAGUAGCAUUCUGGAUAUGGCACAAAGGGCUUCCCAACGGAGAGAUGUUUUCCACACCAAUUUUCUUACUCCACCUAUAGUAAAGGAGUGUAUGCUGGCAAUUGAGAAGUUGGCAGACAUCAAAGCAGUAGCACAGGGGGGCUAUCCACAGGCUGAGCGAUGCCGAGUUUCAGUUGGACAUCCAGACUGUAUGACAAGCAACCCAGAUGUAGUUGCUGCUUUGAGCAUCUCAGGGAAUUUCAGAUUGGAACCCUGUUCUCAUGGUGAUUUUCUUGGUGCUAUUCUUGGGACAGGAAUAACAAGGGACAAAGUUGGAGAUAUACUUUUGCAGGGAGAGAGGGGUGCUCAGGUCCUUGUUGAUCCUGAACUUGUUGACUAUCUGACUUCCACACUUGAAAAGGUUGGGAAAGUUGGAGUUUCAUGCACACAUAUUCCUUUGCUUGCUCUAGAAUAUGAACCACCAAGGACCAAAUCCUUUAAAACGAUAGAAUCAUCACUCAGGGUUGAUGCGCUGGCUAGUGCAGGAUUUAAAAUAUCACGUACAAAACUUGCUAGCUUGAUCAGUUCUGGUGAUGUCCGUGUGAAUUGGUCGCCAGUUUUGAAAAAUGGAGUAACUCUCAAGGCUGGGGAUGUUGUUUCUGUCAGUGGAAUGGGGAGAUUAAAGAUUGGGGAAAUUGUGACUACGAGGAAAGGAAAGUAUGCAGUUGAGCUGAUCCAAUAUUUGUAGGUCUGCAAGGGAUAAAUGGAUCUCUCAAGAUUACUGACCAAAUGAACGGACUGAAGUUCCCCUUUCAACUGCAACUUCUGUGAGGACUUGUUCUGUUCUGAAAAAAAAAGUUUGUGUUUAAAACCAAAAGGCAUUUCAUAAAUUCAUUAUCUAACUUUCCAUACUGCAUAACGCAGCUUAUACUAUAUUCAUAAUGAUCAACUGCUGCCAUUGCCAACCAUGAAACAUGUGACUUGAUCGCGACAGGAUGGAGGCAACCUGUUUACUUGGGAAAACUGAUGACGACUAGUCAUAGAUUCAGUGCUCUUUAAGUGUGACAACGGCUAUUCUUUGUAUGGAAACCAUCUUUAGAUGUCACGAAACUAUCACAAUCCACAAGAUUUAAUUUUUCAA